AUGACGUCGCUGAGCAAGCCCGAGUUCUCCUUCCUCUCCUCCUCCUCUCCUUCCCUCACCGACGACCCGCUCUCCCCCUUCCCCACCCCCUCCCCGUCUCCUCCCUCGCCCUCCAACUGCUCCGUGCCCGACCCCUCCUCCUCCCCUCGCUACAACUUCUACGCCGUGCUGCUGGUGCUGCUGAUCUUCUGCGUGGUGUUCGGCAACGUGCUGGUGUGCGUGGCGGUGCGCGGCGAGCGCGCCCUCCAGACCACCACCAACUACCUCAUCGUGUCCCUGGCCGUCUCGGACCUGCUGCUGGCCACGUUGGUCAUGCCCUGGGGGGUCUACCUGGAGGUAGUUGGUGAGUGGGGGUUCAGUCUGCUCCACUGUGACCUCCUGCUGACCCUGGACGUGAUGAUGUGUACGGCCAGCAUCCUCAACCUGUGUGCCAUUAGCAUCGACAGGUACACAGCGGUGGCCAUGCCCAUGCUCUACAGCACGCGGUACAGCUCCAGGAGGAGGGUGGCGCUGAUGAUCUCCAUCGUCUGGUUCCUCUCCUUCGCCAUCUCCUGCCCCCUGCUGUUUGGACUCAACCACACAGCCAGUAGAGAUGGAAGGAAGUGUAGUUUUGCGGACCCCUCCUUUGUGGUCUACUCCUCCGUGGCGUCCUUCUACGUCCCCUUCAUCGUCACGCUGCUCGUCUACGCUCAGAUCUGUGUUGUCCUGCGGAGGCGGGGAAGACGCACGGCUCCGCCCAGAAGACCUGCCCCCGCCCAGAAGACACGCCCCCUGGCCACGCAGGCCCCUCCCACCCAGCGGAGGGUCAGUCAGCCCAAAGACAACCAACGCAAGAACAAGUGCACCAACCCAGAAGACGUGAAGCUGUUCACUGUGAUGCUUCGCCCCCCCACCGCCGCCCCCCAGCGCAAGAAAGUGACGCUGGUGCAGGAGGCGGUGGUCGGCCCUCUGGAGGCGGAGCCCGGCCGUUUCCUGUGUCGCGGCGACCGGGUUCUGGCCCCGCCCCCCCCCCCCCAGGUGUGCGUGUCUGUGUCUGUGGCCCCGGGGCGAGCGAGGCCCUGCCUCCCCCUGACCGGGGGGCUCACCGCCGUGGAGGGGGGUCCGCGGGGGCGGGGGGGCUGGCUGGAGCGGGGCGAGAAGGCGAGGGGGAGGCUGUCCCAGCAGAAGGAGCGCAAGGCCACUCAGAUGCUGGCGAUCGUACUGGGAGUGUUCAUCAUCUGCUGGCUGCCGUUCUUCCUGACCCACGUGCUGAAGGCCCACUGCGGGACCUCCUGCUGUGUGUCCCCCUCCCUCUACAGCUCCGUCACCUGGCUGGGCUACCUGAACAGCGCCGUCAACCCCGUCAUCUACACCACCUUCAACAUUGAGUUCAGAAAGGCCUUCCAGAAGAUCCUCCACUGCUGA